CGAGGACCAGAAGCGCCCUCGAAGCUUCGACUUCGUCGCGUCGCAUCGAGAAAACAGCCCGCUCCCCCGUUAUAUCCUCUACAGCGUCAUCACAGCCAUCCUACCCAUAUCGAGACAUCAUCUCAUCUAUCGAGGAGAACAUCUAUACAACGUUCAAGAUGGCUGAAGGCGGUGGUAUUGAUCGUCGCGCCGACGAGAAGAUGGAGUUCUCGACGUCGAAAGAGGUUACAGUUCAUCCCACUUUCGAGGCCAUGUCAUUGAAAGAGAAUCUCCUUCGAGGCAUCUACGCAUACGGCUACGAGUCUCCGUCCGCCGUCCAAUCCAGAGCUAUCGUGCAAGUGUGCAAGGGUCGCGACACGAUCGCUCAAGCUCAAUCCGGUACAGGAAAGACUGCCACUUUCUCCAUCUCCAUGUUACAGGUCAUCGAUACAGCUGUCCGCGAGACGCAAGCCCUUGUGCUCUCUCCUACCCGUGAAUUAGCUACCCAGAUCCAAUCUGUCGUUAUGGCUCUAGGCGAUUACAUGAAUGUGCAAUGUCACGCAUGCAUCGGAGGUACCAAUGUCGGUGAAGAUAUCCGCAAGCUUGACUAUGGUCAACAUAUCGUUUCGGGUACCCCUGGUCGUGUUGCCGACAUGAUUCGCCGCCGCCACCUGCGCACAAAGAACAUCAAGAUGCUUGUGCUUGACGAGGCCGAUGAGUUGCUCAACCAAGGUUUCCGCGAGCAGAUUUACGAUGUCUACCGAUAUCUACCACCUGCUACACAAGUCGUCGUCGUUUCUGCUACUUUGCCUUACGAUGUGCUCGACAUGACCACCAAGUUCAUGACUGACCCAGUCCGCAUCUUGGUCAAGCGUGAUGAAUUGACACUGGAAGGUCUCAAGCAGUAUUUCAUUGCGGUCGAGAAAGAAGACUGGAAAUUUGACACCUUAUGUGACUUGUACGAUACUCUGACCAUCACACAAGCCGUCAUCUUCUGCAAUACUCGAAGAAAGGUCGACUGGUUGACCGACAAGAUGCGUGAAGCCAACUUCACUGUCAGCAGUAUGCAUGGAGAUAUGCCCCAGAAAGAACGAGACAGCAUCAUGCAAGACUUCAGACAGGGCAAUAGCAGAGUAUUGAUCUCAACUGAUGUUUGGGCUCGCGGUAUCGAUGUGCAACAGGUCAGCUUGGUCAUCAAUUACGAUCUGCCUAGCAACCGUGAAAACUAUAUCCACCGCAUCGGUCGAAGUGGAAGGUUUGGUCGUAAGGGUGUUGCGAUCAACUUUGUCACCAGCGAAGAUGUGCGCAUUCUUCGUGAUAUUGAGUUAUACUACUCAACUCAAAUUGAUGAGAUGCCUAUGAACGUGGCAGACCUCAUUUCUUAAACCAUAUCAGUAGGGCACUAAUAACGUCGGGGAGCUGAUGAUUGAGCUUGCAGGUUUGAUAAUGGACUUGUCAGAGUUGUUUUCAGGGCCGUGGGAGGAAAUGGGCAUGUUGAGUAGAACAUGAUACAUGAAAUUGAGAUUACGAAGCCUAACGAUCGUUGACACCGAGAAAUGCUCGAUUCUCCUAAUCCAUGAGACCCAUCAGUUGGUAUAUACUGGCUGAAUAGUGGCUACUAACCGACAAACUUCAGACCAUAUUACUCGAGUUACAUCUUUUGCCGCUGACUCACACCACUCAUCUUCGCGUUAAUCUCGCUAUCUUCUCAGCGAUCCCUCAAUCAACGGUAAAGUGAUUGCAAAGUGACAGAUUUGGGUCCCCAUUUGAAAACAAUUUUUGGUGCCCAAACCUCGCGUAGUUAAGUUAAGGCACCUUCCUAUUACCAUAUUGGCCAAUGCUUAGUCGAUAGCUUCAGUAAGUCUGGACGCAUCAGACAUAUAGUCUGCUGUACCUGGCCUGAAAGUCAUAGUGUCAGAAGCCAGAAAAUUGCAACAGACACAGAUAAGCAUAUUAUCUG